AUGCCAACUCAGCCUCUCUUGGCAUACAUGGAUGGACCGGAUGGGAUAGCCAGUACUGUUGGUGCACAGAUGGAGAAUAAUGAUGCCUCAAUGACAAUAAAAGGAACAAACACAAUUUCUUACAAAAACUUGCAAGAAAAGUUUCUCAUGCAAGCUGAGGGAUGCAUGCCUCUGGACUGCAUGUUUUGUGACGAGACUUUUAAACAUCCUGAAGAACUUGGUAAGCAUGUUUUAACUCAGCAUAGGCCCACUCUUUGUGAACCAGCUGUCCUGCGUGUUGAAGCAGAGUAUCUUAGUCCUCUAGAUAAAUGUCAAGUAAGAACAAACUUGCCUUCACCAAACAAUGAAAAGGACAGUGAAGAACUUAGUUGUGAAGUUUGUGGACAAACAUUUGAUGAGGCUUUUGAUGUUGACGCACACAUGAAAAAGCAUAAAGAUUCUUUCAUGUAUUGGUGUAAUGUAUGUGGAAGAAGAUUUAAAGAGCCGUGGUUCCUCAAAAAUCACAUGAGAACGCAUACUGGAAAGCCUGGUUCUAGAAACAAGCACCAACAAGGGUCUGAAAGCCCCAUAACAAUAAAUGAGGUGGUGCAGGAGCAUGUAACUGAAAAUGUAACGUCACCUUACAAAAUUUGUAUGGUUUGUGGUUUCCUAUUUCUCAAUAAAGAGACUCUAAUUGAGCACAGUAAAGUGCACACCAAAGAAUCAGUACCCAAUGGUGAAAGCCCCCAAGUGACUGGUGAACCUAACGCAGAAGAAGCUUCUCAGAGAGAGGAAUUUUUGCGAUUCUUGAACUUGAGACCAAACUUGCUUCCAGAAAAUGACAAAUCACAAAAACCUGUGAAAUGGAUAGCUGAACUAGAUCCUUUCAACACAUACCAAGCAUGGCAGCUGGCUACCAAAGGUAAAGUUGCAGUUGGCCAUGGCCAAAUUAAGGAACCAGGGCAAGAAGGAAGUACAGACAAUGAUGAUUCAUCUUCUGAUAAAGAAGAACUCGGUGAAAUUUGGAAUGCAAAUAAAGGUAGCCAGACUGAGACUACAGGGAAGUCAAAAGUAAAUAAAAACAGCAGUUAUACAGGGAAUGGUAACUUAUCCCAAGACAAACUGAAACAUCCCGCUGGUGAAGUGCCUUCUAUGGAGAUGGAGUCUAAAUUGUCCCAGAACAAAGAGAAACCAACACACUGUUCAGAGUGUGGUAAAGCCUUCAGAACAUACCACCAGCUAGUCCUUCAUUCCAGAGUGCAUAAGAGAGACAGGCGGACUGAUGGAGAGACUUCAGCUGCUUCAAGGACGUGCUGUGCUGAUAUAAUUGCAAAUCUGGAUGAAAAUGGAGCAGGAGAACGAAUAGAAGGAGGCUCUGAAGAUGGAUCUGAAGAUGGGCUUCCAGAAACUCUUAACUUAGAUAAAAAUGAAGAUGGUUUGGAAAGAGCAAAAGUUAAAAACCUUGGAGCCUCCAGAGAGUGCAGCUAUUGUGGAAAGUAUUUUCGCUCAAAUUAUUACCUCAAUAUUCAUCUCAGAACUCAUACAGGUGAAAAACCAUACAAAUGUGAAUUCUGUGAGUACGCAGCAGCACAGAAAACUUCACUGAGGUAUCAUUUAGAGAGGCAUCACAAGGACAAGCAAGCUGACAGUGCAGCAGACGUGAAAAGUGACAGCAAAGUUUCAUUACAGAGUCAGGAGCCGGAGCUCUUGCUGUCUGCUGAUGGUGCUCAAGAAACCAAAAAUUCGAAGAGGCUUUUUGAUUGUGCCAAAGAUGCUGAGAGCUGCCCACCUACCAAGCAGCACAAGGAAGUUUUGUCCUUGAACAAUGCGAUAGGCAGCACAGUCCUUUUAAAAAUGAAAAAUAAUUCUAGGGAAUUGAACAAAGGUUCCGUUUGUAACAAUUCAAAUCAAAUACAUGAGAAUGUGUCCACUCCUUUCCCGGAAAAACUAAAGGCUGAGAAGGAAACAAAGGAAGCUCAGCCCAGUGUUCCUCAUAAAAGAGAGAGAGGUGCUUCCGUGGCAUCUGAGGGAGAUGACGUCCAGUAUGUUUGUGCUUUAAAGGAUGGAAAAAAUGUGAAUGAUGUGCAAGAGUGCACUGAAAACUACAGACACAAACCUAUGGUGGACUCUCAAGAAAAGCCCUUGAACUUAUCUGUUGGGGCUUCACAAGACUGUUCAGUGGUUUCAACUAGAGGCUUACUAGCACCCAGCACCUGUCCGUUUUGUGCUUACAGAACAUUUUACCCAGAAGUCCUAAUGAUGCACCAGCGGCUGAUGCACAAAUACAAUCCUGACAACGUUAACAAAAAUGGCUAUAGAAGCAAGGCUCUAGCUAAAGCCAGACGCACUGGAUGCCCUCCAGCUCUGCUUGGUAAAGAUGUACUUCCUCUGUCUUUUAAUUCUCAUAAAAGUAAGGCUUCCCCAUCUACCCAGCAAAAACUGUUGCAAACGGGAAAAGCUAAACAAUGUCACCCUCCACAGAACAAAGUCCCUCUCUUCUCAGUGACUGACUCAGGCGGCACAGCCCCAAGUAACCUCAAGUUUCAUAAACAGCAAAGUAAUAUUGGAGCUCAGGCAAAUAACUAUAGACAACCUCAGCAAGAAAUGCACUCCAGUUCCAGUAUCUCUCCAGUAUUGGACAGAGUAAAAACAUCCGAAUCUAAAGUAAAAGCUCUGAGUGUCCCAGUGUCUCAAUCUGGUGUAGUAAGCAGCGGUAUGAAUGGGGCUCUCGACUCUCAUAUAAAUGAAUCUGCCUGGUCUUGUCAUCGAGGAAGAGACUACCUUUGUAGUAAAUCUGUGAGCAAUGUAAAUCUAGACUAUGGUGAAACGUCUUCUAAACGAAUGAAACCUAAUCUGUUAGCUAUUGAGCAUAUUGACUCUCCAAUGGCUAAUUACAGAAGAUACGAAAUGGGCAGAUUUCGUGUUGCAAACCUGCUACCUCAGGAAUGUUCUCGCACCAAACCUGCAUCCUCUGUUUUGCCAACCAAACAAGGGCUUCUGAAUUCAGAUAAUGUUGAUCCUCGUAAUGUAUUGACUGUUCUCAAACCUUAUGAGCCAUAUAGCUCUGGAUCACUUUACAGUUCUUGUGGAUCUAGCAAUGGCCAAGUAACCAGCUCUACAGUAGAAGGAAAGAGAUCGGUGUCAUACCAACACUUAUCUAGCAGCGUGCUACAAAAGCGAAGUUAUGAAAGUUUCAUUGGUAAUGCACACUUUCGACCAAGUGACAAGAAGACUUGA